AUGAAUUCGGCUACGAUAACUAACAACAAGUACAGCGAGGUGACAAAGACAAUAGAACAGAACCACGCGGGGUCAGUUUUGAGCACGUCGUCCUGGAACUCCAAGUUGGGAUGUGCCAGUUCGUGUGACACCUCCACGUGUAUUUCCUUCUCCUUCAGCUCCGUCACAAAGGAAUGUAAGACGUAUGGAGAGGAGAUUUGUUACAGGGACGACGGCGUCACGUCAUCUUCACUCAGAUUCUACGUGAAAACGGUCAAAGAGCUACUUCCAGAUUUGAACCAUUGUGGAGAUGUUCCAUCAGUCUACUGUUCAGCAGUUUACACUAUCAAUCCGUUACAAAUAUCAUCUUUUGAUGUCUAUUGUGACAUGGAUACUGCAGGGGGACCUUGGACGGUAGUUACCAAUAGAUACGACGGUUCUGUAGGCUUUAACAAAUCAUGGGACAGCUACAGAAUUGGGUUUGGAACAUUGACAGGAGAGUUCUGGAUAGGGUUUGCGAAAUACAGGAUUCUACAGUUGUUAAACCUGAAAAUGCGGAUCGAAAUGGGUGGAUGGGAUGGUUCCCUGAAGUAUGUGGAAUACACGUCGCUGACAGUUUCUCAUGAGUCGUCUUAUUAUACCUUGUCAUAUACGGGAUUCAGCACCCCUCAUGAAUUAGCUGAUCAGCUCGCUGACCAUUAUAACGAGCCAUUUACCACGUACGACAAUGAUAAUGACGACUUUGAAAACAACUGUGCUGAUGCGGCGAACGGAGCCUGGUGGUAUUACGAUUGUUAUGACUCUAACCUCUUCGGCGGUUAUGUAAAUAGCGAUUUGUACAAAUAUAAAGCUAUGGUGUGGAAAUACUUUUAUCCAGGCGGAGGCGAAUACUCCUCCCUAAAAUCAACAAGGAUGAUGUUAGCGACCCCAUAA